AUGCCCCCAAAACAAACGAAAGGGGAGUACAUCGAGACGGACACUGGGAACAAAGUAUCCCGUAAAUCCGUCAUUCUCGGUUCUCAAAAUAUCAUUCUCGGCGGAAAGACCAUUAUCCAAGCCGAUUGCACCAUUCGCGGAGACCUCCGUCGUACAGUGGCACCGAGCCAGCAAAGUGGGAACGUCGCGAUAGCUGUUGGUCGUUACUGCUUUCUCUCUCGGUCCAGCGUUCUACGACCUCCUGGGAGGACGCAUCAAAAGCCAGUACCUACCUACGUGUCACCUAGGCCUCCGGUUGUACAAGGAGCUGACCAGCCGUUGUUGUGCAGGACUUUUAGUUACUGCCCUAUGAAAAUCGGAGAUCAUGUCUUCGUAGGUGAAGGAUCUGUGGUUGAGGCUGCGUUAAUUGGCUCCUACGUUCACAUUGCCAAAGAUUGUGUCAUAGGGAAGUUCGCGAUUAUAAAGGAUUGUGUCAGGAUAGAAGAGGGUACUGUCAUAGCACCAAACACCGUUAUUCCCUCAUUCUCGCUUGUUUCAGGGCGUCCGGGGGUAGUAACAGACGAAUUGCCAGAGACCGCACAGGAGGGGCUUGAGUGUAGGUUACCAAACUAUCUUAUCUAUAAUAUCAUAUAUAUGAUAGCUGGUGUACAGACCCUAACUAUUGGCGUAGUGAAAAACAUAUAUCGGAUGAUCUAG